AUGGUUGGAAUUUUUAAGAAAUACAUUUAUAAUGCUUCUGAUGAUCUCCCUAAAAUCAUUCUAGUAUUGUCCUUGAUCUGCACAGUUGGAGCAUUUUUGAACCUACACUUAAAAGACUUUCCAAUUCCUCUACCUGUGAUAUUAUUUUUAAUUGGAUGCAGUUUUGAAAUAUUAAGUUUUACAUCUGAGCAGGUCCAAGCAUAUGCAGAUGCCAUACAAUGGAUGAGUCCAAAAUUAGUUUUUGAUAUGUUUACACCAAUAAUUAUCUUUAAUGUUGCAUUUGACACGGAUGUUUACAUGCUGCAGAAGUUAUUUUGGCAGAUACUCUUAAUUACAAUUCCUGGCUUUUUGAUGAAUUAUACAUUUAUUCUUUGGUAUCUGGCAUCUGCGAAUAAAUUAUUUUUGAAAAACACUGCAUGGUUAUUAUUUUCAGCUAUCCUUGUGAGUUCAGACCCCAUGCUGACGGCAGCUGCUAUAAGAGACCUUGGUCUUUCUAGAAGCCUCGUCAAUUUAAUUAAUGGAGAAAGUCUGAUGACCUCUAUAAUGUCUUUGAUUAUAUUCAGUGGUAUUGAGGAGAUUAAUGUCAACCUGCAAAAGAAGAUGAACCAUUCUAUAAUCCUGGACAUCCUGCUUGAACUUUGGUCUUAUUUUCUAGCAAGUUUCUUAUUUGGAAUUCUAAGUUCAAAACUGAUUCAAUUGUGGAUGUCUACUGUUUUUGGAGAGGAUGUCAAUCACAUAAGUCUCAACUUUUCAAUUCUGUACUUCAUUUUUUUUAUUUGUGAGAUCGUUGGAAUGUCUGGAAUAUUUACCUUGGCCAUUAUGGGACUUUUUUUAAAUUCCACAAGUUUUAAACCAGGAGUUGAAACGCUUCUUCUCGAAUUCUGGAAUUGUCUCUCAUUUGUUGCUUUUCUUAUGGUGUUUACCUUCAUUGGACUUCUAAUUCCUGCGCAUACGUAUUUAUAUGUAUCAUUUUAUGACAUAUAUUAUUCAUUAAAUAUCUAUUUCACACUUAUUGUUUUAAGACUCCUGGUCUUUCUAUUAUUGAGCCCUCUUCUGUCUCGAUUUGGGCAUGGGUUCAGCUGGCGCUGGGCAUUCAUAAUGGUCUGGAGUGAAAUGAAAGGAACACCUAAUAUAAACAUGGCUCUUCUGCUUGCCUACUCUGACCUUUCUUUUGGCUCUGAGAGGGAAAAAUCUCAAAUACUAUUUCAUGGAGUUUCAGUAUGCUUAGUUACGUUAAUUGUCAAUAGAUUUAUUUUGCCAAUUGCAGUUAGUAAAUUAGGUCUUCGUGAUGUCACGUCAACAAAAUAUAAAUCACUUCACUGUACAUUUCAACACUUUCAAGAGCUAACCAAAUCUGCAGCCUCUGCACUCAAAUUUGACAAAGAUCUUGCUAAUGCAGAUUGGAAUAUGGUUGAGAAGGCAAUUAGACUUCAAAACCCAUAUGCGUUGAGUCAAGAAGACACAACAGAACAUCAAAAGGUGAAAUGUCUAGACUGUAACAGGGAAAUAGAUGAGACCCUUAACAUUGAAGCAAUGGAACUGGCCAACAGGCGUCUCUUGUCAGCACAAAUCGCAAGCUACCAGAGACAAUACAGGAACGAGACUCUAUCCCAGAGUGCAGCCCAGGUGCUGGUGGGUGCAGCAGGAAGUUUUGGAGAGAAGAAGGGAAAAUAUAUGAGUCCUGAGACAAUAAAGCACUAUUCUGAAACCAAAAAACUGCUUGCCUUUAUUAGAAAAGUAUUGCUCAAUUGGGUGUAUAACACUAAAAAAGAAAAAGGGAUUCCAUCAAGAUAUUACUUUCUUCGUGUAUGCCAUAAAAUUGUAUUUACUGAUGAAUUUGAGUAUGUUGGAUAUCUUGUGACACUAAUGAAUAUGUUUCCUAUUAUAAUUUCUUGGAUACCUAAGUUAAGUGAUAUCUAUGAGCAUGAAUUAAGACAUUCGAACUACUCUUUUCUUGUACUUUAUAUCAUGGAGGCCCUACUUAAGAUGGCUGCAAUGAGGAAGGAAUAUUUUUUACAUGCCUGGAAUGUAUUUGAGUUAGUGAUUACAUUAGUUGGCAUCAUAGAUAUAAUUCUUAUUGAGACAAAUUCCAUUACUUAUACUUUUGAUUUUAUUCUAACAGUAGUCUUUAUAAAAAUUGUUCGAUUUCUUCGCAUACUACGUAUUUUGAAGCUCAUAACUCCAAAGUUGCUGCAAAUAAUAGAUCAAAAGAUGAGUCACCAGCAAUCCUUUCAGUAUGCUAUACUAAAGGGUUAUGUCCAAGGUGAAGCAGACAUAAUGACCAUAAUUGAUCAGAUUUCAACUUCUAAGCACGUUAAACAAGUGUUAUUAAGGAGGAUAACGAAGAAUACAGGAAAUGCUAUGAAAGAGCUAGGUUACUUAGAGUAUGAUCACCCAGAAAUCGCUGUUACUAUGAAAACAAAGGAGGAGAUUAAUGUCAUGCUCAAUUUGGCUAGAGAAAUUGUCAGGGUUUUUAAGUCAAAAGGAAUUAUUCAUAAAAUUGAAAGUUCUGAAAUUAAUAAGUUAAUAAUGGCCAAAAAGAGAGAGAUACUUGAUUUUCAACCUGUUAUCAAGCCUCUUACUGUUGUAGAAGCACUCUACCAUAUUCCAUGGCUAGAUAAAGACAAAGAAUAUAUAACCUUCAUUCAGAAAAGAGCCAGAAUUGUAACAUUUGAUUGUGGAAAUGACAUAUUUGAAGAAGGUGAUGAGCCCAAAGGAAUUUAUAUAAUAAUAUCAGGUAUGGUAAAGCUUCAAAGAUCAAAACCUAGUUUUGGAAAUGACCAAAUGGAGUCAGAGGAGAAAGAUUAUCAGAUGAAUUACACAGACUUUUUAAUCAGUGGGGAAAUAAUAGGAGAGCUAAACUGCUUAACUAAUAAACCCAUGACAUGUUCUGCUACCUGCAAGACUGUAGUGGAGACAUGUUUUAUUCCUAAAAAUUACUUGUAUGAAGCUUUUGAACAAUGUAGUCCUCACAUUGAAUAUAAAAUGUGGCUAAAACUUGGACUUUCCAUUACUGCCAAAAAAAUCAGGGAACAUCUAUCUUAUGAGGAUUGGAACUACAAGAUGCAAUUAAAACUCUGUAAUGUGUCGGUAAAAGAUAUACCAAAGAACAUCAAAACUGGUAUCUAUGAUGAAACUGUGAUUUAUGUCAUCCUCAUCCAUGGAGCUGUAGAAGAUUGUCAGUUACGGAAAGCUUAUAAGGCACCUUCUUUAAUUCCUAUAACAUGCUAUCAGGUACAAGGCACUGAAGAUUUUACAAAGGUAAUGAUUGUUCAAACUUCGGUUGAUCUGAAAAACUUCAGAUGGAACACUAGAAAAUAUGUACCUUCACGUAAAGCGUCUCUUCCAACAUAUCCUGCAUCUGUUUCUGGGCCAGCUCCCUUCAUGCUCUCCCAACCCCUCCUCCUACUGGCCUCCUCCACCAGAACUGUGGCUUUACCAUCACAUAGUAAAAAGGCCCAUGACAACAUCCAGCAGCUCCUUACAAACUGUUCUGAUACCCAGAAUGGAGCAUACAGCACUGCCAUUGCCAGAAGUCCUGGUCCUCAGUCCCCUGCUCCAUAG